AUGCAGAAUUUAGCGAGCUUUGAUCAAACUUGCAACACAUGCGGUCAAAUAUAUUUCAACGUCGAACAUGGAGUGCAGGACAGAUUCUUGCAUGAUGGCCGAAAUCUGGCGACUAAGAUUGUUAAAAGCGACUCGGAAUGUUUCGUAGAAUGCUCGUUUGAUUGUCGAUGCAUGUCCUUCACUGUUUGUGAGAAUUCAUGUUAUUUGAAUGCUGGAAAUCCCAAGUUGGUGAAAAAAUCACUGCGACAUAAGCCUGGGUGUCGUUACUAUGAUUUUCCCCCCUUUAAGGUAAGUCCAUCAUCGUAUCAAGAAAAAUUUGACACAGGCGUUUUAUUAUAGACAUUUCCAAACGUAUCUCUUCUUUUCAAUUUUACGCUAACAUGCAGACGUGGAGAAAAUAGUAGUGCACGCGAGUGCAGCUCUGCAGGAAUGUUUAAAAAGGCACAGGAAUUUUUUCGACUGAAGAUUUGUAACUUGAAAAUUUGAAGAAACACCUACAGUAACACAUUUGUCUCACCAUGGGUCUAUAUAACAAUUAGUAUUUGAGAAGCAUUUUUAUUCCUUAAGUUCAAAGCCAUGCUCAUUAUAUAAUAUUUAUGCGGACAAUGGCUUGGUUUUUCACAAAAAUACUCUGCCCGUUUAUUUGCAGAAAAUUUUUAUCGUCAGGUUGUGCUCACAGGAAGAAAGUUAUUUUUUACACCUUUGAACGCUACUUUCUGGCAACAUGAUUUCAGUAAAUGUGAAUACUUUUUGAAAAACUUUAAUAUAUACUAAUGCAUCUAAUGUACUAAAUAUUUCAUUUUGACCAUGUAAUUUCUCACUUUUCUAGAGUACAUGUGAUUCCUCAUCCAGUCCACCAAGACUUUGCUGCUUACUCUCAUCUCCAUUGUGUUAUAACGGGGCUACUUGUGUUGUCAACGUCACUUACACCACCAGACGAUUUCAAUGCCAGUGCACGGCUGGCUACUAUGGAAACCAGUGUCAAAUAAAAAAUCCGAAAACAUGUUUGGAUUAUUGGACUGACCAAGUCAAACCGAUGUCUGGAAAGUAUACGCUUGUAGAUUCGAGCGGAAAAUUGUUUGAAGUCUUUUGUGAUUUCGACUCCGAGGAAGGCAUGGCGUGGACCCUCUUUGAAUCAUUUGAUCUGAAUCAUCACUUUUACCUGGUGGAAUACUCGUUUACAGAAGAUUAUCCGAAAAACGAGCAUAGUCAAAACUGGAAGCUUUUUCGGCUUCGAAAGUCUGUAAUGUCCGAAAUCUCGUCUCUUUCGACAUUUUGGAGGGCAACAUGUUCCUAUUCUGUGUAUGGUGUCGACUUUAGAGACUACAUCAGAGUACGACUAUCGAUAACGGAUCCCUUAGCAUACGAUCAUAGUCCAGAAUGUUCAACUGUGGAUUACUUCGAUAUAAAAGGUACGAAUUGCAUGAAUUGCACUCAAAUGAUCUUCCAAACCAAUAAUAAGAUACUCCGUCUCCGACCCGACGUCAGUCGUACGAGUAAAUGUAAUUUCGACACAUCAAUGGUCGAGCAUCAAUGUGACAAUGGGCACUAUGCGCGACUUCUUGGCCGCUGUGACAAGUGUUCAGACCCGAAACACCGAUGUAGUGAGAAAAAUACGUCUACAACUGAAUUUUGGUUUGGUGCAGCAAAAAAGAACUAUGAAAGUAUGAGAACGGGCAACAGACAUGAACACUCUGCUAGUGCCGCUGGGAGUGACCAAUGAUUUUCACACCAAUAUAUACUUUUCUGUCCUGGAAAUGAAACAAAACUACUUUCAUAUUUUAUAUUUUUACUUAUUCAAAUAUUUUGACUAAUGAAUCACCUUUUCCUUAUGGCUAUAGCCCCCCUCAUGAUGUGAAACAAAUAACAAUUUGGCCGGCAAAGUGAGCCAAGUAUCCAGACGCCUGCAUUAGUUAUUCGCCGCCUACGCUAUUCCUGCAUGUAUAAAUAUAUAUUGUUUUUAAAUGCCUAUCGC